AUGUUUUCAAUUUCGAAAUAAUAAUUAAUUUCAAACUUAAUAUGUUCUCAGUGUUUUCUAAAUUCCUGCGAUGGACAUUUAAUCGAUGGGAUUUUCACGGAGCCGACCUUGGAACGGGGUUACAAUUUGGUUGCCACGGUUCCUCGUGGUGCUGUGGUUUUGAACGUGACACAAUUACGUCACACGGAGAAUUAUUUGGCGGUCAAGUUGCAAGAUGGUACCUACGUGUUCAAUGGGAAUUACAGCAUAAGUCUGCCUGGUAAGUAUCAAGCAGCAGGGACUAGUUUCGUCUACAUUCGUCAAAGUCCUCAGAAUUUGGAAAGUUUCUCUGCCAUUGGCCCAUUGGAAGAGCCCAUUGAUGUUAUGGUUUUAUAUCAAGAACCGAAUCCCGGAAUUGUAUAUCGAUACGUCAUCCCCGGAGGUGGAGUAUCUCCGAGUUCUCAUCUUGGACAUAAGACGGUUUCUAGCAAGGCUGGUGAAGCUAUUCCUCACAAGAAAAUAGAAGCCGGUUCUAAUAUCAAUGAUGGAACGCAAACAUAUCUUCCAAGACGGUACAAGAAAAGAAAAUUCUUUUGGAAACCAAGCGGUUAUACCGAGUGUAGUAAAACUUGUGGUGGAGGUACUCAGAUAUUGAAAUACGUAUGCACGAGGGAACACACACAGACACCUGUGCCUGAAAAGAGAUGCCACGCGUUAGAAAAACCGCGAGAAACUCAAGUACGAUGCAAUACUACACCUUGCCUACCCAGAUGGAGAGCAGGCCCAUGGAGCCUUUGUUCGGUUACCUGUGGUAGCGGUACGCGUUCCAGGAGCAUAGAAUGUGUACAAGAAAUAACAGCAUCAUUGAUAAUGAGAAUAGCCGAUGGCGCCUGCGUGGAGCCUAAUAUCCUUCCUACUUCCGAGGUUUGCGAAAUGCCACGCUGUGAACUCGAAUCGAAGGUAGCACCAACAACAUUACCGCCUCCGCAUUUUUUUGUUUUUUUUUUUUCUUUUAAGUGUUCCACAACUUGCGGUCCAGGUACAAGAACAAGGAGUGCAACGUGCGUGACACAAGGCCCUACGUGUAAUCUUGCAGAAAAGCCUAUUACUCAAGAUGCUUGUGAUUUAGGACCGUGUACCACUAAAUCGCCACAAACAAAUGCUAUUUCCACGAGAAUCGAAAGUUCACAGUGGUUGUACACUGAAUGGUCCGAAGAGUGUUCCGCCGAAUGUGGAGUCGGUAUGCAAACGAGAAAGGUGUUCUGCGAAAAAGAUCCGGAGGGAGAAUUUUGCGACCAAUCGACAAGACCUGAAACUUCAAGAACCUGUUCCAGCAACAGAACCUGUAGUGGACAAUGGUUUACGGGACCAUGGACCGCGUGUUCCACGGAAUGUGACCAAGGAGAACAAGUCAGAGAAGUAGCCUGCAUAACUACGCUUCGUGGAUCUCUUCGUGUUGUUCUCGAUAUGAAUUGCCCUGCGAACAAACCGGAAAGUCGAAGAUCAUGCACCGCUCCACCAUGCACAUCCUCGUGGUUUAUAUCAGACUGGACAGAAUGUUCCCGAUCGUGCGGAAAAGGCGUUCAAAAGAGAGAAGUAAAAUGUUUGAACAGAGAGGGCCAGAUACCGGAACACCACGAGCUCCAUUGCAAAGAAAAGGAUCGACCUAUAUCUCGACGAACUUGCAAUGACUAUCCUUGCAAGGAGGACAUGCACAGAUCUGAGAAUCAUCACACUGUCCUGCAAGUUCAAGACGACCCGGAAAUCUCAAAUGUUCUCGAGGAAAAUCCACUUUGCAAGGACAGUACAUCUAACUGCAAUUUAGUGGCACAAGCUCGGCUCUGCAGUUACCAGUUUUACCAUCAGCUGUGCUGUCAAUCGUGUUCCAGAGCUAAGCAAGAUCUCGAAUGAUGAUCUGAAAUUCUGUCGAUCAACCAAAUGUAUCGUAAAUGGAAAUUUAAAACAUCGAUGAUUAACCGAAUCAUUGAACGUAACCUUAUGAUAUUAUACGUGUCGUAGAAUUACUUACCCUUGCACUGCCUGAUGAAACAUUUUUAACGCCAAGUUUUAUGUAUAGAAAUGAUAUUAGAUAUUAGAUCUCUAAAAAAAAAUAAUAAUGAAAUAAUUGUUAUUAUAGAUAAUCCAUAGGUUUAUGAAUAAGCUUGAAUAAACUUUUAUAAAGAUUAAUAAAUUAUAACAAUUGUCAAUGUUUUAUAAUGUUUUGAAAAGUAGGUUAUUUAUCGAAUUAUAUACGUAGCUUUAAUUGUAAUUUUAUAGAAACGAUGGUAUUAAUGAAUGUAUAAUUAUUUAUGAUUGAUCUAUCUGUGAAAAUCGUUCGAGCUUUUUAUUUAAUAUUACGGAGAAAGUAAGUAUUAGGUUAAAUUAUAAUUAAAAUGAAAGGAAAAUGUAAAUUUUAAUACUCAAAAGAAAAUUUACGAGAUCGUCGACGAGAAAUUAUAGACUGAUCGCAUAAAUUAACAUAACAUUGGCAUUUAAUUUGUAUUAUUUUCCAUAGUUAUUAUUCGCUAUAAUAAAGUUUAUGCUUUCUA